AUGUGGUAGGAAUAGAUGAAUAUCAUUCAUUUACGGCUUGUAAAGGAUUAAGUGAUUCAGCAAAUAAUGAUCCACCCACCAAUUUUUCAAACAUGAACGGCAUAGUUUUAACAUUAAAUAUGAUGCUAAAGGUUAUCUUGUUUCGGCUAAUUCUCGAGAUCCUGACUAUCGUAAUCAAUAAAAAUCCAGAAAAAGUCGCCAAUGCUGAACGCAAUCCUUAUGGCUAUACAAAAAUCCCUCAAGUACCUUGGGAAACCCGUUGGCUUUAUCAAACUUGUCCUGUUGGAUAUGAACAGGCUGAUAUUUACACGGAGGACCCAACAUUCAAUGGGUUUCAAUCCAAACCAAUCAAUAGUAAUAUUUGCCUGAAUAUUCAUAAUUUUAGAACUAGUCGAUUAUCUUCUUGUGCACAACGUGCUCAACAGGAAAUGACAAAAACGGAUGCGCCAUUUAUUUUCACUACCGUUAACAUGAAAGUUUGUUGCGACCGUCAAGUUUCUAUUACUAUUAAUCGUAGUAUUUUCCCCCAGACCCGUCUUUACAUUGAUGGAAAAAUGGUUGGUGAACGAGAACAGACUGAUCUUGGCAA